AUGGCUGGUGAAAAGAGAGGCGACCUCGGCAGCGUCCUCGUCAUUGGAGGCAACGGCUUCCUGGGCCACCACAUCGUCAACCAGGCGCUGGAUUCAUGGAACUGCAAAUCCGUGGCCUCGAUCGACUUGCGAUGCACCCGCAACAUCAACGACAAGGCCUCGUACCACGAGUGCGACAUCACCGACGCCGCCAAGCUGACCGAGAUCCUGAACCAGGUCAAGCCUGACGUCGUCAUCCACACGGCCUCUCCCGUGACCAGCGGCGACAACAAGACGGCCCACGAUCUCUUCCGCAAGGUCAACGUUGGCGGCACCAAGGCCGUCAUUGAGGCUUGCCAGAACACCGGCGUCAAGGCCCUCGUGUAUACCAGCUCGGCCAGUGUCAUCAGCGACAACGAGAACGAUCUGUUCAAUGCAGACGAGGGUUACCCCGUUAUUCGAGGUGCCCAACAGAAGGAGUACUACUCCGAGACAAAGGCCGCUGCCGAAGAACUGGUCAUCAAGGCCAACCGCCAAGAGCCCUCUAGACUCCUCACCACGUCCAUCCGUCCCGCUGGCAUCUUCGGCGAGGGCGACGUCCAGACCCUCGCCGGCUUCAUCCGCGCCUACGACAACAAGAAAUCACACAUCCAGCUCGGUGACAACACCAACAUCUUCGACUUUACCUACGUUGGCAACGUCGCCCACGCCCACCUUCUUGCCGCCCGCCUGCUGCUCGCCACCGCCGCCUCGCGUACCAUUCCCCUGAGCCACGAGCGCGUCGACGGCGAAAUCUUCCUCGUCACAAACGACUCACCCAUCUACUUCUGGGACUUUGCGCGCGCCGUCUGGAAGGCCGCCGGCAACGACAAGGGCACCGAGGGCGUCUGGGAGAUCUCCAGGGGCAUGAGCAUCCUCCUCGGCUCUGCCAGCGAAAUCUUCUUUGGGAUCAUUGGCAAGCCGCCUACCUUUACCAGACUCAGGGCUAUGGUGUCGACUAUGACGCGCUACUACAACAUCAACAAAGCCAAGCAGGUGCUGCGGUACGAGCCCCUGUGGACGCUGCAGGAGGGCAUUGACCGGGGUGUGGGCUGGUUCAUGGAGGAGAAGAAGAAGGAUAAAUCCAAGAAGACGCAGUGA